UGUCAUACGUUAUUUAUUUAUGUUCUGGAUAAAAUAAGUUAAUUGCAUUUUGUAAAUGGUUUAUUUUGUUUUUAAAAAAUAGUUUGAUAUUUUAUAAUUCUCAUGUACAUUUCAUGUUAUAAGAUAUAAUGGCGCUGUUACUUAAAGAUAUAAAACUAGGAGAUAAUAUUGUAAAAAAAGUUUUGUUUGAGAAACACAUAGAUUUUAUAAACGAUUACGGUCAAGAUGAAAACAACUAUGAUUACGGUAUGACCGACUAUCUGCGAGUGUCAGGCAUGUAUUGGGGCUUAACUGCUUUGGAGUUGAUGAACAGUGAACCAGUACAAGGAAAAGAUAAAAUUGUUGAAUAUAUAAAACAAUGUCAGGAUCCACAAAGUGGAGGACUUAGUGCAUGCAUUGGGCAUGACCCUCAUAUACUUCAUACCUUAAGCGCAAUUCAAAUUUUAGUCAUGUACGAUAGACUAGCUGCAAUAGAUAUUGAAGGCGUAGUCCGGUAUAUUCAAGGACUUCAACAAUCUGAUGGUAGUUUUGCUGGAGAUAAAUGGGGUGAAAUAGAUACCAGAUUUUCAUUCUGUGCUGUUAAUGCACUGUCUUUACUGAAGAAAAUGGAUGUAAUAGAUAUUGAAAAGGCUGUUGAAUUUGUAGCAAGUUGUAAAAACUUUGAUGGUGGUUUUGGAUCAAGACCCUUAUCUGAAAGUCAUGCUGGUUUAAUAUAUUGCUGUGUAGGAUUUUUAUCUAUUACUAAUAGAUUAGAUAUAAUAGAUCAAGAUACAUUAGCUUGGUGGUUAUGUGAAAGACAAUUACCAUCAGGGGGAUUAAAUGGCAGACCUGAAAAACUACCAGAUGUCUGUUAUUCAUGGUGGGUUCUUUCUUCGUUAGCUAUAUUAGGCAGAUUACACUGGAUAGACACCGAAGCUUUAAAAACCUUUAUAUUUGCAUGUCAAGAUACAGAAACAGGAGGCUUUGCAGAUCGACCAGGUGAUGUAGCAGACCCCUUUCAUACAUUAUUUGGAUUGGCAGGUUUAUCAUUAUUAGGCUAUGAUAGUAUACAAAAAGUUAAUCCUACAUAUUGUAUGCCACAACAUGUAAUUGACAAACAGGAAUUAAAACCACAACGCUUGAACUAAAAAUCUUUACCAAACAACUUGGUGAGUUAAGUAUUUUUUUAAACUAUUAUUGUUUUAUUUAUUCAAUAUUUUAUUUUUUAAAACUAUUAUUUAGCUACCAACUUUAUAUAAAAACAGAAAGAUAUAGUACAAGGUUUUUAAAAGAAACAAUUUAUUAGUUGUACAUUUUGUUCCUGCACUUUUAUUAAAUGGAAAAAAUAAAGCUAUAAAAACUG